AUGGCUGACAGGCCCUGGUACAUUCCCGUUGAUGCCAUCACCGACCGGUCUGCCAAUCCACUCGCAGCCGGUGGGUUCGGUGAGGUUUUUACUGCCUCAUACUAUGACGCCCCUGUCGCCGUCAAACAGCUCUAUCGAGGCUACAACCAGAACGAGCUCGCCGACUUUGGCCGUGAGAUUGGCAUCUGGCACAGACUCAGUCACCCCCAUGUCCUUCCACUACUUGGUGCCUGCGACACCGCGACCAAGCCCUUCAUGGUCUCUCCGUUCAUGCCCAACGGCACCCUCCACAACCACUUUACCACCGCCCCUGAACCUCGUCCCAUAAGUGAGAAGGUCCGGCUCCUCUACCAAGUCGCCUCUGGCAUGGCCUAUCUCCACGGCAACAACAUUGUCCACGGCGACCUCAAGUCCCUCAACGUGCUGCUGGAUGGGACAUUCAGUGCCGUUGUGACUGACUUUGGCAUGUCCCGCACCAAGCACACCUCGGCCACGGCCAACCGCACUCGCCGCGACCAGCCAGCCGGCGGCACCCUUGACUACAUGGCUCCGGAGAUGCUCGAUUAUGACGAUCCAGUUGGAUCGUCAAAGGCUACCGAUGUCUAUGCCUUUGGCAUCACCAUGUACGAGGUCCUCAACAACUGCAGGCCCAUCUGGGUCACCGCCGACGGUCAGCCAAUGAGGGAGAGGGUCAUUGAGUCUCAAGUCCUCCGAGGCAACCGACCCAAGCAGUUCGACGACAUCCCCAGCGGCAUUCAUGCCCUCAUCGAGCGCUGUUGGCACCAGGAUCCCGCCAUGCGACCCAAGUUUCCCGAGAUUCUCGCCAUCCUCCGCCAGCCU